AUGGUGCUGGGCCUAGGCCCUUUAUUGUUGGUCUUCAUGCUGGGUCUGGUUGUGACCCCACCGACCCUGGCUCAGGAUAACUCCAGGUACAAACACUUCCUGACCCAGCACUAUGAUGCCAAACCAAAGGGACGGAAUGACAGAUACUGUGAAAGCAUGAUGGAGAGACGAGAGCUGACCUCACCUUGCAAAGACACCAACACCUUUAUUCAUGGCAACAAGGGCAACAUCAAGGCCAUCUGUGGAAAUAGAAAUGGAAACCCUCACGGAGAAAACUUAAGAAUAAGCAAGUCUCCUUUCCAAGUCACCACUUGCAAGCAUGCAGGAGGGUCCCCUCGGCCUCCAUGCCGGUACCGGGCUACAGCAGGGUUCAGACACAUCGUUAUUGCCUGUGAAAAUGGCUUACCUGUCCACUUUGAUGAGUCCUUUUUCCAUCUAUGACCAGCAGGCCACUGCUGGCCACUGGCCCUGAGCUGGUUUUGCUUUCCUUUCCUGAGCUUCCCCUCUAUACUUCAGAAUAGUGACAGCAGUAUUCACUUCCAGGCGCCCAGAAAAUAAGCCAUCUGCAUCUUUUGUGUUUUACAACCUACGUUUAAUAAAUAAAAAUGUCUCUGAAA